AUUCCGAUAAAUCGAUAGUUUUCAUAACAUCUCUGAAGCCAAAAACAAGCAGCCACGCUAGGGAAAAAAAUCUAGUGACAAAAUUGAAGAAUCGCAUCUUGAUUAGCGCUAUCAUUGCAAACGAAGAUCGUAAGUGGCUCUGCAAAUUGCAUUGUGCACCUGCACCCCUUUUUGAUUUCUCCAAAACGUGUCAGAAGCCGAGCAGCAGACUUUUAAAGGACACCCCGCACCAGAAGCGGAAGGUUGGCUAGUGAAAAAAAAUAUCAGCGAACCGAAAUCAAACAUGGCCGAGGACUUUGAUGUGGAGGCGAUGCUAGAGGCGCCAUACCAGAAGAACAUAAACUCCUCCUAACUUGUCUGGGGCAGCAGGCAGCACUACUACUACUCUCACUCACAGACAGACAAGAAAGUAUCGCUCAAAAAUUAAAGAAUUACCAUAAACAGAAAGUCAAAAAAUAAGUAAUGACCAACACAAAAGUCAAAGCAAACUUAUUUGAACCAAUAAACAAAAAACGACGUCUUUUUGAGAACCAAUCAACCAGUCCACUCCACUCCACUAGCCAGCGCUAAACAUUCCCCAAAACUGAACUGAUUGAGAAUGAGAAUGAGCAUGAGAAAUUUGCCCAUGUGGAGACAACAUUUCUCGUCGUCGUGAACCAUCUGUGUGUGUGCCAUAUACAAUAUAUAUUAAUCUAUUGAUCAAUCAAGAAUACGUAUAAGAUAUCUAUACUCUCUAUUACCAACUUGCUAUAAAUUGGCAAUGAUCCCGCCAUGGUCAUUGUUGACUUAAGCAUUUCUAUUUUAUAUACUUGCAGAUUCCAAAAUUUAACUAAUUUACUUUGAUUUGCUUUCUCUUAUUCAAAAAAAAUAUAAUUACGAAACUGAAAAAUAAUAUAUCAUAACAAACUCAAAUGAUAUAAUCGAAAAUCAACCAACAUCAACGACAUCGUAACGAACGAUCUACUCCUCCCGUUGUCUUCCCACCCACUUCAAAACCGAUACCAAUCGUCAAAAAUAAUUCAAUUGUUUGUAUGUAAAUUAUUGCUUGACGUCUUCCCUUCGUCACCCAUCCUCUAUGCCCAACCCACAUCCAAUCCUAAACAAAAAAAAAACCAAAAAAAACGAACAAAACCAAACCUAUCUGUGCAGAGUGUCAGUGCGGGCAGCGUGGGACGUGGCGGACGCCGGCGCAGCGGCAGCAACAGUCCUGGAGGUGGCCAUGAUGAUGACUAUGCCGAGAACAACGGAGGAGCUCGCAACGGCAGUGGAAGUUCUAACAAAAAAUAUAGCAAACGAUCCCGCAGUCGCAGCGGGUCGCGUGAUGGCAAAUCCCGGCGUGAUCGCGGCAAUGAUCGCAGCAGUCACCGAGACAAGGACAAAGAGCGAGACCGAAAUCGGGACAAACGUGGUGGUGGCGAGAGAGACCGAGAGCGCGACAGGGAGCGGGAGCGUGACCGGGGCGACAGAUCUCGCCGGAGUCGAUCCCGGGAUGAAAGAGGUGGCGGAGAUGAUCGUCGCAUGCGGUAUGGCGAUCGGGAAAGGGAACGACGCUCUAGAGACCGUCGCGGCGGAAGCAAGUCCAUGCAAAGAGAUCGGUCUCGGGACAGGCGUCGUCGCAGCCGCUCGCGGGAUCAGCGGAAACGGCUGAGUCCUAUCCGUGAACGCAAACGCAGCCAUUCUAGGUCAAAGGACAGAAAUAGUCGCCGGCGUGGCAGUUACUCUCCCCGCCGCCGCUCCCCGGCAAACGGAGCUGGAGGCGAUAGAACUCCUCCCACCGAGCUCAGCCCUGAGGAGCGGGACGCGAGAACUGUUUUCUGCAUCCAGCUGUCACAACGUGUGCGGGCUCGAGAUCUGGAGGAGUUCUUCUCCAGUGUGGGCAAGGUUCGGGAUGUGCGCCUGAUCCUGUGUAACAAGACAAAGCGAUUCAAAGGCAUUGCUUACAUUGAAUUCGAAGACCCCGAGUCCGUGGCCUUGGCUCUCGGUCUAUCUGGCCAGCGGUUGCUUGGAGUGCCUAUCAUGGUACAACAUACGCAGGCUGAAAAGAAUCGUCUCCAGAAUGCUGCCCCCGCAUUCCAGCCUAAGAGCCACACAGGACCCAUGCGACUGUAUGUGGGAUCGCUGCACUUUAACAUCACCGAGGACAUGCUGAGGGGUAUAUUUGAACCAUUUGGCAAGAUCGAUGCCAUUCAACUGAUUAUGGAUACCGAGACGGGUCGGUCCAAGGGAUACGGAUUUAUUACGUACCACAAUGCUGACGACGCUAAAAAGGCUUUGGAGCAACUGAACGGGUUUGAGCUAGCCGGUCGCCUUAUGAAGGUUGGUAACGUGACUGAACGCCUGGACAUGAAUACAUCUUCGCUGGAUACUGACGAAAUGGACCGCACCGGCAUCGACCUGGGUGCUACGGGUCGUUUGCAGUUAAUGUUCAAACUGGCGGAGGGAGCCGGACUUGCGGUGCCACAGGCUGCUGCCAAUGCUCUGCUGGCGACUGCCCCUCAGCCGGCGCCGGUGCAGCAGCAACAGCAGGCGCCAUCGAUAGCUACGCAGUGCUUCAUAUUGUCCAACAUGUUCGAUCCCCGCACGGAGACAAACCCCACCUGGGAUGCUGAGAUCCGGGAUGACGUUUUGGAGGAGUGCGCCAAGCACGGCGGGGUGCUGCAUAUACAUGUGGAUACCGUGUCGCCGACGGGCACUGUCUACGUAAAAUGUCCGAGCACCACGACGGCUGUUCUGGCGGUGAACGCUCUGCAUGGCCGCUGGUUCGCCGGUCGGGUCAUAACGGCGGCGUAUGUUCCCCUUGUCAACUACCACUCCAUGUUCCCGGAUGCCACCAGUGCCGCCAACCUCAUUGCAUCCACGCGCAAGAACUCCGACGACUAGUCGGCAGGCGGCGAACAAUUGUUAUUAUUCGUUACAAAAAUACUUUUUGGUCAAAACACUUUUUUAAUUUUUUUUAAAGACUCGAAGCAAGCUGAAAAUUAGGGGCACAUAUUAAGAUACAAAUAUAUAUCUAUACAAAUAUAUAACAAAAAUUAUGUAAAUUAGGCAUUCCUAACACGCAAAAUCGCUGUUUUUGGGGAUUUUUUCAAUACAACUUUCAUUUGUCGAAAAUUUUUGUAAAUCGCCUGAAAUGCUGCAAAUUAUGAAUUUAUUGAUUAUCAAUAACUAUGUUUAAUUUUGUUUGACCGCCAAAAAUGUAGGAAUAAAAGAAAAAUAUUGGGUUCUAUUUAAGUUUAAAAUGAGUAAAUUUUAAAUACAUAA